AUGGGCUUACUUUCCGAAGGGAGUCCCUUGGACUGGGAGGAGACGAAGAGACUGUCCGAUCACGUGCGCAAGCAUGGGGUUAUUCAAUUUAUUAACCUGUACAAGAGACUGCGCGACAGGCAAGGGGAUAUCCUCAAAUGGGGUGACGAGGUAGAAUACAUGCUCAUAAAAUUUGACGAUGAAGCAAAGACUGCAAAACUCAGUUUAAGAGGCAUGGAAAUAUUAAAAAUUUUAAAUGAGAAAGAAACUGAAGAUCCAAAUAAUGUAAAAUCACUCUGGAGACCAGAAUAUGGUGCUUACAUGCUUGAAGGAACUCCGGGAAAACCUUAUGGGGGAUUAUUAGCUCAUUUCAAUGUCGUCGAAGCAAAUAUGCGCUACCGAAGGCAAGAAGCAACAAAACUACUUCAGCCAAAUGAAGUUUUGAUGUCGUUAACCGUUUUUCCAAGAGUAGGAGCGCCCGAUUUCACCGAUCCCUCCAGUUAUCCAACGCCGGACACUGGUGCUUCGAGGAGCUUAUUUUUUCCUGACGAAGCCAUAUAUCCCGGUCACCCACGUUUCAAGACACUGACCAGAAACAUCAGGCAACGACGCGAAGAAAAAGUUGCGAUAAACAUUCCUAUUUACAGGGAUGAAAACGUGCCACUAUUAUUUAAGGAAGAUCUUGCCAGCUUAGGAGACGAUGGCUCCUCCGCUAAAGCAGCUAGAGAUAAUCACAUUUACAUGGACGCGAUGGGUUUCGGAAUGGGAUGUUGUUGCUUGCAGCUCACCUUUCAAGCGUGUAACAUACAAGAAGCGAGGACACUCUACGAUCAACUGACACCCUUGUGUCCAAUUAUGUUGGCUCUGACCGCGGCCAGUCCGUUUUAUCGAGGCUACGUGAGCGACGUCGAUUGUCGAUGGAGCGUCAUAUCGUCGUCGGUAGAUUGCAGAACGCAAGAGGAACGUGGCUUGAAACCACUCAAGGAGAACAAGUUUAUAAUCGGCAAAUCUCGGUACGAUUCGAUCGAUUCGUACCUCAGCGAACAAGGUGAAAAGUAUAACGAUGUCCCUUUGACAUACGACGACGAGAUAUACAAGCAGCUGUUGGACAAUGGGAUCGAUCAUUUGCUCGCGCAACACAUCGCUCACUUGUUCAUUAGAGACAGCGUCUCGUUAUUCUCCGAGAAAGUGCAUCAGAACGAUCAGGAAGAUACCGAUCAUUUCGAGAAUAUACAGUCGACAAACUGGCAGACGAUGCGUUUUAAACCGCCACCUCCAAACUCCUCUAUCGGCUGGCGCGUAGAAUUCCGUCCAUGCGAGGUACAAAUCACGGACUUUGAGAAUGCCGCGAUAGUCUGUUUCACGGUGCUACUGACAAGGGUCAUUCUGAGCUACAAGUUAAAUCUGCUGAUUCCAAUCAGCAAGGUCGAUCAGAAUAUGGCCAAGGCACAGAAGAGGGACGCGGUUAAAACGGACAAGUUUUGGUUUCGUCGUGACAUCACCUCGGACGUGAAAUCUGACGGCGGCCCAUCGGAGUACACGGAAUUUACAAUAAAUGAGAUUAUCAAUGGAAAGGAUGGCGGUUUUCCUGGCCUCGUACCCCUAGUGAAUUCGUAUCUCGCUAACAUGGACGUAGAUGCCGAUACACACUGCACCAUUCAAAGGUACAUCAAAUUGAUACAGAAACGAGCGUCCGGGGAGCUCCUGACUACCGCCGCCUGGCUGAGGAAGGAGAUCGUGUCGCACCCUGAAUACAAGCACGACUCCGUGAUAACGCAACGCAUAAAUUACGAUUUACUAAAGAAGAUCGACGGUAUCGUUUCCAACGAGGUCUCGUGCCCAGAGUUACUUGGACAAUGCGUGUCGUCCAAAACUACGGACACUAUACCCGCCGCUGUCGCGAAAGCAGAAAAUUGUCCAACGGCCAACUGUUAACGAUAACGAUAACGAUAUUAUUAUUCACAUUUCACAUUUCAUGUGAAAUCACUUCGGUCGAAUAUCGUUUUCGUUUACAACGUUAUUAUAUUUAAUAGUUUAAUCCUAAUUAGAUGAAUACGUUUCCGUAAUUUACUAUCGAAACAAUGCGCGAAAGGAACAAAAGAAUGGCAUAAAAUGGCUUUGCAAUUUUCUAUUUGUAAUUUUCUAUUCUAUUUGUUACGAUAUAUUACUUUUAUUCGUCAAGUAUAAAAAGAGAGCGUUCAAACUUUUAAAAAGUCAAGCGCAGUAUUGAGUACACGUAUAGAUGGAAAUUUAAUGGAAAGUAUUACAAAUAUAACGAGAAGCCACAUUCCAUAAACUGGAUCUAUAUCCGACUCGUUUGAACAGAUUGCUUAAAAUUAUUGUUACUAUUAUGUAUCGUUGUUAAGAAUAUAUGUUGAAAACGUUUCUAAUUGAAGAAACAUUAAGUUUGAUUAUAUUAUUAGUACAUGUAUCAGUAAUGCGGUGUACGUGUAAUUAAGAUUAAUAGAAGUUUCGGUACCCCAUUUUAUGAUUUUUAAUAAGAUUUUGUUCUUUUUCAUAACCUUUAUUAGUAACGUUAUUUAACAUUCACUAAUGCAUUUUGUUCUUAUACCAAGUAUAAAUGGUAAUUAGUUAUACACGCGAGUAGUUACACACGCUACGCUUGAUCGCGAUUCUACAAUCCGUAAAUGACUUUUCUCAAACUUUUUCAACAAAGUAGAUUGUACUCGAAGAACGUAACGCACGUUUUUUACGCGCGUAAAAUAUAUAUUUUGUGCUAUAUAUUACAUACGUGUACGUGUACGUGUACGUGUACGUGUAUAUUAUAAUAUUAUAAUAUUUGAAGCAUUACGAAAAAUGGCUGAACAGAGAGAUAUCAAUGACGUUAAGCCAAAAAUUAACUAAAUUCAAAAGAUUGAAAAUUCGACGAUUCUUCGCGAAGUUACGAUCGUUGGAAUUUAGCGAAUUUUACGUCGAAGAAUCUAGAUGAUGGAAUUAUUUUAGAAAUUUGUUUCAUUCGUUAAAUUGCAACUAAAGAAUCAUUUACACGUAGGUUGAACAAAAACCGUUGUAUGGAAUAAGUUUUCGAAAACGUCGAACAAAAGUAGACAACUAUUUUAAAGAUUUGAAACGUAAAUCUUUAUCAAAAUUGGGGAUUAUUUUUUUUUUAGGGAAAAAGAUUAGUAAAAUAUUAGUCAACUAUUCUUAAAACAAAAACGAUCGUUGAUGCACAUUCCCAUCAUCAACUGCGAUGAAAUAUCUAUCAAACGAGCUACACGUCACAGUGACCGAAACAGAUGAUAGUUUGAAGAAUCGAAAGAAGACGCUGCGCGAGAAAAAGAGAGAGCUUCCUAAUACGAAUUAAAAAUGGUCUUUUUUUUCUUUAACACAAUUAGCUACGCUUGAUUCGCGUGAUUAUAGAAUUGCGUGAUGUUACGUUAAAUAUCGAUUCCUUAGGAAUGGGAAGAAUUUGUAAAACUUAAGGAAUAAGUAUUCCUUAAAUAGAUGUAAGUAAAUAUUGGAGCAAAUUUUCAGUCAGUGUGGACGCUUCCCAUAGAACGAAAUAUUUGACGUUUAUGAUAAUCUUUAUAGAUAAUUAUCUUUUCAUAACGAAACAGAGCAGUUUUGGAUCACGUUCAAUGAUACUCUGCUGAAUGAUGCUCUUUUGUGACAAACGUACAAAUAGUCAGUAGACUAUUUACGAUAGAAUCGUAAAAUGAAACGCAAACAUAAAAAUGAAACAUGAAAAUUGAAGUAGUUUGGUAAUAAAGCGUGGACGGAUUAAAUAGGGACGUAAUAAUAAACGUGUACUUGAUAGAUAUUAAUAUAAAUUGUACAAAACUGAGACAGUCUGUCUAACAAGAAGGUGAUAAUUAAAAAAUGAUUGUAAAAAUAUGAAAAAAUACAUACAUGGUACCAUACUUGAUGAAUAUAUUGAUACGUAAUAUUGAA